AUGGAAACUCUGUUCGAGGACAUCUACACCUGGGAACAAGAUAAGGUGCAGUUGGCCGCGCACUGCUUCGAUAAGCGGGCCAGAGUGUGGUGGACGAGGGUGAAGCAGGACCGAUCUCCGGAUCUUCCCCUAAUCAAUUGGGAGGAGUUCCAUGGACUGAUGUUUGCGGAGUACUUUCCCGAUAGUGAUAAGAGGAAGAUGCAGGAAAACUUCAGGAAGCUUAAGCAGGGUAACCACACAGUUCGGGAGCGGGAGUUCACUCAUCUCCUAAAUUGUGUCCCUGAAGUAGCGAGGACUGAGCAAGACCAGGCAGAGUGCUUUGUUCGGGGACUUCGACCCGGAGUGUUCCGAUUGGUGCACGCAUUCAAGUUCCGCACCUGUGCGGAAGUGUUGGACCGUGCCUUAUGGGUUGAGCACGGGAAUGCUUGCGAACGCAAGGAGCGAGAUGCGUUUCAUAAAGAAAAAGGAAAGAAAUGA